AUGGGCUACACAUGCACGAAGCAGAACGACUGGAGUGCUGUUACGACCACGAAUCAGCCAGCUACUACCACGCAACCAUCAACAACCACGAGCGCCACACAUAGUGCGCAGUCUUCUCUCUGCACCCUAUAUGCCUAUGCCUCUGUAAACGGCUAUGACCUCCUCAACAACAUUUGGGGCCAAGACGACGCAGACUCGGGGUCCCAGUGCACUUACUACUACGGUCCGGCGUCUGGCGGUGGCCUCUCCUGGGGUACGACGUGGACGUGGAAUGGAGCGCCCAAUAACGUCAAGAGCUAUGCAUAUGCAAACCGCCAAUUUAUUCGCAGCCUUCUCAGCAACAUCACGGGCCUGCCUACUGUAGCUCAGUGGAGUUACAGCAAUAGCAGUAUACGUGCGAACGUGGCUUAUGAUUUCUUUACGCAUCCCGACCCCAAUCAUCCCAAUUACAAUGGGGAAUACGAAGUCAUGAUAUGGCUGAAUCGAUACGGAGGUGUCUGGCCCAUAACAGAGAACAAUACAGGCACGCCAAUCGCCCAGGUCCAGUUAGCCGGUUAUACGUGGGACUUGUAUUUUGGGUACAAUGGAGAGAUGAAGGUAUACAGCUUCUUGGCAGCCUCAGGACCAAUCUACAACUUCAGCGCCGACAUUGUGGACUUUUUCAACUUCUUGGCCAGCGAAUGUGCUUUCCCUUUGACCGACCAAUACCUCUUGAUCGACCAGUUUGGAACAGAGGCUUUUACAGGCCAAGACGCUACUUUCUAUGUUUCGAGGUUUCAGGCUGAGGUAUACACAUGA